GGCCAUGGCGAGUCGCGUGUGUCUGAAAUGUCGGUGCACUCAAAUUUUACCAAGUUUUAAACGAAACUUGACAACUGGAUAUUUACAAUCAGGGCAGUUUUGUACAUUUCUUCUUGGUUUCAACAGACGUCAUAUUCAAUGGUCAACAAGAAAUAAUGCAGUAGUGAAUCAGGGUUUACCAGUUUUUUCUAAAAAUGUUGGUGCAAUGAAGAAGGAUCAACACAGACAGAGCUUUAGCCAUCAAACGCGAUCUUACUCUUCAUCUCAACAUAUACCUCAUAUACCAGAACAACUGCCUACACACGUAGAUCCAUUUAAAUUAGUAGAAAAAGAAGUGUCACUGCUGACAGAUGAUAUACAAAAGGAGCUUUACAAUAGUGCUGGAUCAGGGGAUAUCUUGGAGCCAGCUCAGUACCACUUUGAUGGCAAAGGGAAAUCUCUCAGGCCAAUGGUAGUUCUCUUAGCUGCAAAAGCUUGUAAUAUUCACGAAGGGAUCAAUAGUAUAUUACCUAGCCAACAAAAGAUUGGCAUGGUAGCUGAAAUGAUCCACACUGCGUCUCUGGUUCAUGACGAUGUUAUAGAUGCUUCUGAGACAAGGAGAGGCAAACCUAGUGUUUUUAAACUUUGGGGCCAAAGAAAAGCAAUUCUAACAGGAGAUUUUAUCCUGUCUGUUUCUUCCCAAGUUUUAGCAAGGAUAGGAAAUAAGGAAGUUGUUGGUGUGAUGUCACUUAUUCUUGAUGAUUUAGUACGAGGGGAAUUUAUGCAACUUGGAUCGAAGGAGGAUGAGGAGAAAAGAUUCAACCACUACCUCAAAAAAACAUACAAGAAAACUGCUAGUUUGAUAGCAAACAGCUGUAAAUCA